AUGACUAAUUUGUACAUGCUCGUGCUCGAUUACUCUUUCCCAACGAUGCAAGUACCGGACAACUACAUACGCCUUGCGCUCGACGAAGCCAGGAAGUGCCAGCCAACGCCGACGGCAUUCUGCGUCGGCUGCGUGCUCACAACGAGUAUAGCCGACACGGACGAUCCGAUCAUUUUAGCGACGGGGUAUUCGCGAGAGCUUCCAGGAAACACGCAUGCUGAAGCGAACGCCUUGACGAAAGCGCAUCAGCUUACUUCAAAGGAUCUGCAGCGGCUCUUCCCCACCUUGCCCAGCAAUAUCACUAUCGACGAGAUCCUGACAUAUGCGGACAUUUAUACGACGAUGGAGCCAUGUUCAGUGCGGACAUCUGGUCUAUCGCCCUGCGCAGAUGCCAUCAUAGCAGCCAAGAUCCGCAGAUGUUUCAUAGGCGUUGGAGAGCCGGAUGACUUCGUCAAAUGCGAGGGCGCACAGAAGUUGCAGGAUGCAGGGGUUGAAGUAAUCUGGAUCAGAGGACUGGAGAACGAAUGCCUGGAGGAUACAGUCGAUUAUCGCAAUUUUGGUGGGCAGUGUCCGUCUAUUCUCGCGCAGCGCUCGAUUGCUCCAACCAAUACGGAUGACGAGCUGGCGAGUCUUAGACAGAUGCUUCAAGCUACGCCUGUUGCACCAAUAAAGCAUCAUCGUAGUCUGGCCACACUGAUUGUUGAUAUGGCUCUUGCCGUCCGCCAAAAAUGCCAACGCAUACAACCGGUCAAGCAGCUUUCCUCGCUGGCGAAGGUUGACCUUCUCGACUAAACAAGAGACGGCCGCGGUCGAACGAACAUCUCGUUUCUCAACUAUCCGCAGACAUCUCUUGCUUUGAUUACUGUUUGCUCAGGCGAGAAACUCUAGAAGACCUUACGAAUGGCGGUUUCCAACUUUGUAGUGUUGCUUUGCUCUUGAAGUUGCUAUGUACCAUCCACCAUAUCUCCGCUCCGUGCGAAUACAAAUCUCAUACUGUUUAUCAUCAAUAAAGUAGGAUUGCU